GAAGGCGAUGGAAAGAAGAAGAAGAACCAAAACAAAGAGUCAUGAAGUGAGAAAAGGGAGGAUUAUCGUGUAAUUAAGAAGAUAAUAAAGAAAAAGACACAAAUGACGAGUAUUUUGGGAGGUGGCCUUUCCGGACUGUCAGCGGCGUUCUAUCUCCUUCGGCGAGGAGUUCCUGGGAGCAAGAUAAAACUCUAUGAGGCCUCUUCUCGCGUAGGUGGCUGGAUUAGAUCCAUAGAGAAUGAGGAGCACAAUAUCACCUUUGAGUGUGGACCAAGAACAAUUCGUCCAGUUGGAGAAAGCGGCAAGAAUACUCUUGCUCUCCUCGAAGAACUCAAGCUGGACAGUGAGAUUCAACCCAUUCUGAGGAGCUCGCCAGCAGCCCAGAGACGUCUGAUCUACGUUAAUGGACAGCUGCAUCCGCUGCCGUCCAAUUUCAAGGGAUUGUUAACAAAGCAAUCGCCUUUCUCCCGGCCUCUGUUUUAUGCUCUUUUCCAUGACAUCUUUGCCGGAAAGUCACCAAAAGCCCUUCAAGAUGAGUCCAUUUAUAGCUUCGCGAAGAGAAGAUUUGGCCAAGAAGUGGCUGACUAUGCGAUAAGUCCUAUGAUUUGUGGGAUUUGCGCUGGAAAUGCCAAAGAGAUUUCUGUAAAAUUUCUCAUGAAAGAUCUCUUCGCAAAGGAGCAGAAAUAUGGAGGAGUUGUUAAGGCAAUCCUGGCCAAUGCCUUUAGCUCGUCCAAAAAGAAAACACUCAAUGAACCUUCACAACUCGCUGAAAAGGCAAAGAAAGAAAAAUGGUCAAUUUACAGCUUAAAAGGUGGAUUGGAAAACCUUCCGAAAGCAUUAGAAAACUAUCUGAUGGAAAACGACGUGCAAAUCUUGAAGAAUUCUGAUUGUAAUUCAAUUAAUUUCUCUUCAAAAGGAGUGGAACUGACUUUCAAGGGCGGCAAGGAAAAAGCUGAUGAAGUUAUUUCUGCUUUGCCCAGUUAUAAACUUGCGAAGAUUGUGAAAGAUCAGCACCCAAAGCUGAGUGAAAUGCUCACCGAAAUCCCUUACGUUGAUGUUGGAGUGGUAAAUUUACACUUUUCCUCUCCGCACGCUCUCAAAGAGCAAGGUUUCGGUUUCUUGGCUGCUCCGCGGGAGAAAAUUCCCAUUCUGGGAGUCAUAUUCGAUAGUUGCUGCUUCGAUAUAAAAACCAGCACUGUGGUGACAGUGAUGAUGGGCGGACACUGGUUCAAGGAAUACUUUGGAGACGCACCUAAGGAAGCUGAUUUUCUAGCCACGGCUCAAAAGUAUCUCAAAGACAUCCUUGAUAUUCAAGAGCAGCCUACUAGUUCGCGCGUGAACAUCUUGAAAAAGUGUAUUCCUCAGUACGUUUUGGGGCAUCACGAUAGAGUGGAAAGGAUAAGAGAUUACAUGCACGACCAGAAACUUCCUCUGCGCCUCUGCGGAGCACCUUACGAUGGAAUUGGGAUAAAUGAUGUGAUCAUGUCAGCAAAAACUGCUGUUAAUUCUUAUCCAUCGACAGCAAUGUGAUUUUUUCUAAUCACGAAUUUCUUAUCACUAUGGAAAAAGGAACCAAGACUUGUAUUCUUUUUUUAUAUUACAAUAAAACGU